UUCCCGUCGUUCAAACUAAUAAACUGUCACAUCACCCGUCACUAUGCCACCAUAUUAUACUUUUUGGUUAUUUUAAUUAAAUUAUAAACUCAAAAUUAAAAUACCCAAUCAUGCUGAACAGACUCAAAUAGAUUUUAGAAAUUACAAGAAAACAAAAAGGAAUCAUUCUCGGCUGCCCCACUAUGUCCGCGUUGUCAAGUUUAUUCAAAUUAUUCACGGCGAGGCAGAGCGUCAGAAAACCGCACGUCGCGCUGAGCUGCGUCAGCGAACCCUUGAGAAGGCUCUAUUCGGACUCCUCCAAGCAAGAUGUUUCUAAACACGUUGUGGUGCAGGGAACCGAGAAUGAGGAGCGAGUGCGCGUGCGUCGCGCCCGGCCCGCCGACGUCCCGCGGGUGCUGCGCUUCGUACGCGAGCACGCCAAAACCGCGUGGCCCGGGCUCGUCGCACCGCCCUCCGCCUCACACAUCGUCCUGUGUGAUUACGUCGCAAGGGCACUGGCACAAGGUCACUCCAUGCUAGCGGAACAGCAAGAAACGCGACGCGGUUGGUCUCAAAUCCGUGGUUUGGCCCUUAGUAUGUCAGUUUGUCCGUGGGAUGCGACCAUGCUGGAGCGAUGGGCGCGCUGUGUCAGAUGCACGCGGUCUCGGAGACUGAUGCACUUCACAGCUCACUGCCUUCGUGCCCCAGCUUUGCACGAUAAGUAUCGUGUGCAUAAUAUUUUGCAGGUGAUCUUAAUAGUGCCUCAAGACGCCCAGAAAAAUACAGAAAUCGUUCACGUGCUUGCUAAAAAUGCCAUACAGAGAGGCCGUGAUGUCGGCUUCCCUGUUUUGCGGUUCGAUGUUACUGACGGCGCUGUAGGAAAAGCCUUAGAAGAAAUAAAACUGAAGAAAGAAUGGCAGCUAAUGUAUGAUGUUCUACCGGAUGCAUUAAAAGAACGGCCCCAGACCGAAACGAUUCCUCCGACAGAAUCAAAAAGUGGCGAAACUACAAAAAAUAGAGGAAAUUUUAUAGCCGUAUACACCGCGUUAACUGACAAAAACUUAGAACAAAAAAAGAAAUAACAUAAACAUUAAGGAAAAUGUAUAAUAAUGGCGGCCUAAUGACGGCUGUAUAUUAAAUGUAACU